AUGGGUUCCCUGCGUCCGCUGCUGUCAGCACUUGCUUUGUCCUCAGGCGUUGCUGAUUCCUUUCUCUUUGCAGGGAAUGGAGAGGUUCCCGGCAUGGUCCAGCUGCCUGGUGGGAGGUUUCAGAUGGGAACAAAUUCUCCAGAUGGCAGAGACGGUGAAGGGCCCGUGCGGGAGGUGACAGUAGAACCGUUUGCCAUUGACAUAUUUCCCGUCACCAACAAAGACUUCAGGGAGUUUGUCAGGGCCAACAAGUACCGGACAGAGGCCGAGUCGUUCGGGUGGAGCUUUGUCUUCGAGGACUUUGUCUCCAAUGAGCUGAAGGAAAAAGCCACUGGUCAGAUGAAGCCUCUCCUCUGGUGGCUUCCUGUGGAAAAGGCAUUUUGGCGGCAGCCUGCAGGUCCCGGCUCAGGCAUCCGAGAGAAACUGGAGCUUCCUGUGUUACAUGUCAGCUGGAAUGAUGCGCGUGCCUACUGUGCGUGGCGGGGGAAGCGGCUGCCUACCGAGGAGGAGUGGGAGUUUGCUGCUCGAGGGGGCCUGAAGGGACAGCUUUACCCCUGGGGGAACCACUUCCUGCCCAACCGCACCAACCUGUGGCAGGGGAAGUUUCCCAAAGGCGACAGGGCUGAGGAUGGCUUCCAUGGCGUCUCCCCCGUGAACGCGUUCCCCCCACAGAAUAACUAUGGACUCUACGACCUCAUGGGCAACGUGUGGGAGUGGACAGCAUCACCGUACCAGCCCGCCGAGCAGGACAUGCGAGUGCUCCGGGGGGCAUCCUGGAUCGACACGGCCGAUGGCUCUGCCAAUCACCGCGCCCGGGUCACCACCAGGAUGGGCAACACUCCAGAUUCGGCCUCAGACAACCUAGGCUUCCGCUGUGCAUCCAGUGCAGGCCGCCCUCACGGGGAGCUGUGAGCAGCC